GCACAGUUCUAACUAUAUUUUCUACCCAUAACUUUAACUCAAGCUUCGAUCAAUGGACUUAGCUGACUCCGAGUACGCGGGACAUCCGCACCAUGCGCGGAUCAUUCGCUUGCCCAAUGAUCUCUUAAUACAGUUGGAGCAUGAGACGCACAAACCCUCGCUGAGCAUCCUGAGCCUGCAGAGCGAACAGAAUCGUGAGAUAUUCGCAGAGGCCUUCAUCGAGGGGCACUCGGAUACGCUGGCCAAUUUGUGUGUCAAGGCUUUGGCUCGUCGUGGCUUCAGGAAUGUGCCACAAAUGGUGCUGGAGCGAGCGGAGUGGCUGAGAGUGUUCUAUGAUGCAUUGGCUGUGGAUCUGCCGCUGAUUGAUUGCUACUUCAUCGAUGAUCAGCGCUACUGGCAGCGCGUGGUGUGGGCCAAGAGUCCCGACAAGCUGCUGCGCAUGAAGAGCUGGCACGAGUACGAUUGGCGGGCCAAGGGUCUGAGUCUCAAGUAUGUGGAACUGGUGGAGAACUGCCCAGCGGCAUACUGGCCGGAGGCGCAGAUGGCAGCGCUGGCUGCCCUGAUCCAGGAGCAUGUGAGCGCCCUACACAUCAAGCGGCUGCAGGUGCUGCCGGAGGCGGUGUUCGCCAAGUACGAUGAGAGCGAGCCGGAAAUAGAUAUUUCCUCGGAGUCAUCGGAGGAGGCAGAUAUAUCCAGCGAUGAGCCAGACACAGAGGAGGAUGUUGCGAUGGGUGAGGACGAGGACGAGAAGGAACCAACAGGAAAGCGAGCGCCCAGCGUCAGUGCAGCGGAGCCAAAGACUGGCAGCGACUCGCAGCGGAAGUCCGCAUCCUUUGGCGCCGUGCACAUACUUUCAUCCUCUUCCGAGUCGUCUUCCGAGCUAACCGAUGAGGAGACUGCAGAGCGACGCAGAGCCCGCCAAGUGCGCAAUGCUGCCCGGCAACAGCUGCGGGACAUGGCAGCGGAGAAGCGUGCCAAACGCCUGGAACGUCGCCUCAGAAGACAGAAAAUGCUGCAAGAUCGCCUGCGCUCCGUGGAGCCCAAGAAGAAGUCGAAGCGAAAGAAGGCCAUCAAGGGAGUCUUUGACAUCCCAGUGGAUCCGGAGUUAUCCGAUCACGAAGAGCAAUUUGUGGAUAUGCGCAACAGGGAACUCUGUUUGCGGCAUCACAAGAGAGUUAGCUACCCCACGGAGCUGUGCCAUCACAUUGAUCUCGGCUUUGUGCGGCACUUUGGGCUGCUGAACUCAUUCACGCUGGAGUUCCUCGGCCCACCGGACGCCAACCAGUACCAGAGUUACCAAUGGAAGUUCUCCUACGAUGACAUGACACGCCUGGCCAAGGGUUUGCUGCAGCUGCAGCACCUGCAGACCUUUCGACUGCGCAACAGCCUCGUGGACAGUCUGCACUUGAGCAUUCUGGCGCGUGCCCUGCGCUCCCUGGACUCACUGGAGACUGUGGACUUUGGCUACGAUCGAAUGGAGGAUGACUGCAGCAAUGCGCUGCAAAUCCUGUUGGAUCGCCCCAAGAUGUUCAAGGCAUUGCAGCUGGAGUACAACAAACUUGGAGCCAACAGCAUGGAGGUGAUUGGCAAGGCACUCGCACGCCACAAGGAGGAUUGCCUGGAGUACCUCGGACUGGCACACAAUCCUCUCUGCGACAAUGCGCUGGGCAAGCUCUUCCAUUUCAUUCAUGGCACUGGCCAUGUGCAUUCACUCAACAUCUCAGCCAUCGAGGGUGGACCCAGCAAGGGAGUGAUUGCCCGAGACAUUGCCUUCCUGCUGCGACACCAUCAACCGCUGAGACGCCUCCAAAUGGCAGCCAUACCUCUGGGUCCAGCGGUGGGUUUGCCCUUCCUCCGCGCCCUUGAGGCGAAUCGAAAAAUUCUCUACUUUGACUGCCGCGAAUGCGGUUUGGAUGAGGAUCAGGAAUUCCAGGCGGACAUCAUUGUCAGACGCAACAAUUACCUGGUCACAAAUCCGCCCAUCGAUGAUAUUUGCAACUUGAUUAAGAACCGGAAACAUCAUUUGAUACAGAAAAUGGAGCAGACGUACGGCAGCUACAAGGAGUGUGUCCUGUCGAGACCUCCGCUCUCCAGCAGCAGCGUUUCAUCCAUUCCAGCGGUGAUCGAGGAGAAGGAGAAGGAGGAGGAGGAGUUCGACAUUUGGGCCGUGCUGGGCAUCAAGACACGCCAAACGGUCAGAGUGGAAGUAGAACCCAGUGAACCCUCCGCGGCAUCCCUGCCGCCCUUCGUCUAUGAGGCCAACAAAUUUAAUUUGGAGGAAUUUCGCGAAUUUGUGCAUCUGCCGGGGCCAUCGAAUCGUUUCUACUAUUUUCAGGAGAGUCGAGUGAGGGACUAAGCAUAAAAC